ACCGGAAAUGAGAAGAUGAAAUUCUGCCCUUCCGGCACCAUAGUGGCCGUAGAAUGCCAACGAUCUGACGGAACACCGUACUUCGACACCAUGGAUAUAGUAGACUGUAACCCAGUAACUGGAGUGACAUGUGACAAUGAUGUGAACAUGGGUCAAUGCGGCGACUACAUGAUCCGUUACCAGUGCGAGCAGACGACAUUCGGCGUACCAACCAUUGCGUCCACUGCCACCCCUCCCGGAACUACACCAAAACUAAGCUCAACCACUAUAGUGAUGAACAGCAAUAAGGGAUCCACGGUAACAUAUGCGGUCACAUGGCUAACCGGUCCUACGACAUUCACAUUUCCUCUGCCUGCAUGUCAAAAUAUCACUGCGCAGCCGCCUGCAAUUUGCGUGACAGUCAGUCGCUGGUCCAUGUGGAUUGAUAGGCUGCACCCUACGGUAAAUACCGACGAGCAUGCGUUCAUGACCAGAGAGGAGAUCAUGCAAUUCUGUGCACGUGGUGUAAUUAGCAAAGUCGAAUGUCAGACGACGACCGGACAGUCACUGGCCCAGUCACCUGAUUUCGUGACGUGCUCCAAGGAGAACGGUCUGGAGUGCAGUUUCUUGGAGAAUUUCCCGAUGGGCUGUCAGGAUUACCGAGUACGAUACGAAUGCCAGGAGCAGGUAUGUCAGACUCCAACUGUGCACACCCAGACAAGACCCGGCGGCUUUAUUUCUCCGACUGCUAAUCCUCCGAAAGGGUCUAGCGGUGCAUCAACUGCUCAUCCAAGCACUGUCCAUGAAGCCAGACCACAAAGCGUUACCAUGGCGACACCGGAAGUCUGCAAUCCAAAAUGGCUGCCUUGGAUCAACGAAAUGUUACCGACGACUGAUGUGAAUGACGUCGAGCACGAGUUCAUGACCGUUGCAAAGCAGCGCGAGCUCUGUCCCAGCGGGAAAUUGACCCGCAUUGAGUGCGUGACGACUAGCGGCAUUCAACACUACAGCACCGGCUCAAUAGGAACUACAUGUGACGUCAUUAGCGGUCUCACCUGCAGGAACAGCGAAAACUAUCCAAUUGGUUGUGAAGAUUUCAAGUCAGAUACUACUGUGAAUGCGAAGGUAAUUCCAUGAACGCUUCCUGCACCGUUUCCUUUGUGUCGUAUUCAACGAUUACCCGUGUGUACGAGCUUCCUAAUGACACUAGCUCGUACUCAGGCGACGAUGGUCUGUCAUCCCCGGCGUUUACGUUGUACAUCAUAAUAUCUUCACACCUCUGUGUGCGAUGGUUUUCAAAAAAGUGACAUUGAGCUUGUGUUUAAAUAUAUAUUUGUACGACAUGUUACAUUUUAAAGUCUAAACUUUAGCUUUGUACUUUUUUAUUGUAUAACCUUAUACACAUUAAACUAGUAAAUGUUCAUUUAUUGCCUAUAUAUCAAGAUCAACAAUUGUGUUCGCCUCCAAAUGAAGGUUUUACUUAAUAAGGUAAUGAUAUGUAGCUGGUAUCACGCAAGCUGAAGUGGCAGCUUAAAGCAAAUAAUAAAAUGCGAAUAAAGAAGUAAAGCUUGA